UCGAGCGCUGGAAGUGGGCGAGCGCUCGUUAUUUUGCAGAGCCCAUAAACGAAAGCCCAUGAAAUCUUCCGACUCGUGCGCGCCAACCUUUUUGUUGCUCGCUCACCGACCGGCGCCAUCACUCGCUGAAAUUUCUUUUCCCAAUCCAGUUCAUUCUGCCGCUCUCCAAUAGUCCAAUCCGGUCGCGGCGAAGCUCGGCCAGACGGCCACCCCAAUGCCGUCACGGUCGGGCUCCCGGGGCAGGCGGCCGCGGCCGGCCCCAGAGGUGGCUGCUCCCACGGCUGUACAAGUGAGCUCGUCCGGCUCGAGUGAGGAAGGGAGCGAUGAGGAGGAGGAGGGGAGCGAGGGAUCCGGUGACGGUGCGAGGAGCCCGGGCGGCUCUGCCAGCAAGUAUAAGGCGGCGGAGAGUGAAGCCGAGGCGGAGGACCCAUGCCUUCCCAGCUGCCCCAUUUGUAUGGUCGUGUGGACCGCUGAUGGUGCGCAUCGCGUGAGUUGCAUCCCUUGUGGACAUGUCUACGGCAGACAUUGCUUAGAGAUGUGGUUACUGCAGUACGGCAAGAAAAAGGCACCGUGUCCUCAAUGUGGCAAGAGAUAUACACAGAACAACAUCAUCAACCUCUAUGUACCAGAGAUUGUUGUUCCCAAUAAUGAUCUUGAAAAUCAAGUAUUGUCCUUGAGAGAGAGAAAUGAAUAUCUUGAGAAGCAACAAGCAAAAUUACUUGAGGAGAUAAAAGAGCAUAAGAGGCAGAUUAUGUUGCAACAAAAUGUAAUAUAUGAAUCAAACAAAAAGAGACAGAGAGUGGCAGAGCAGUCAUCAGAUGGAAUACUAGGGGCUGAGCUAAUUGCCUCACAUACAAAGGACAUUGACCACAGCAAUCUGUCAAGUUUUGCUCUCCAGAAUGAGUUUUUGGUCGAUGGAGCUCGGGUCAUGGGUAUAGAUGCAUCCAGUCAAAUUAUAUUCACUUCGGGAAGGGCACAUGGAGUUAGUGCUGAACACAUACUUACAAAGGUUAGCAUGUUUCAUGGACAUGGAAUGGAGAAAAUCCACCUUCCUCCUGGUACUAAAGCUAUUAGGGAUAUCUGUGUACUGCCUGGGGGCCAUGUUGUUUUUGCAUCACUGGGCAGGAAGUUGUCUAUUUUCAGUGUGGCUACCAACAAUGUUGUCCUUCAAUAUGAUCUGCCGGCUCCUGGUUGGUCCUGUUCAGGGGAUUAUACUACUUCAAGUCAUAUUUAUGCUGGGUUACAGAACGGCAUGCUAUUAGUCUUUGAUAUCCGUCAAACUUCAGCACCUUUGCAUUCUAGCAUGGGUCUAUCAACACACCCAGUUCAUACAAUACACUGCGCUGUAGAUGGCAGUGGUUCCAGGAAGGUUUUUUCUGCUUCUUCUAUAGGACCCUGCGUUUGGGAUGCCAGCGAAAACAGGCCGAGUUUGGUAAGUGGGAUGGAAAACCAAGGGGUCUGCAUAUCUCUUGCGUGCAGCUCUCCAUCAAGUGAUGUCCUGGUGGCUUCAUAUCGCCCGAGAGUUGAGCUGCCAGACGCUAUCGCCACAUCUCAAGCGUCUACACCACAAUCACCGGCACCCACCGGUUCAGGAAAACUAGGAUGCCACACACUCCUUAGGUCUAGUUUGGGUAAUCUAGUAAUGAAAGGGAUUGGAGUGGAUUGUGAUGUAUUAUGAGAGUUUUUGAUCUAUUGGGGAUUUAUACACUCUCCAAUCCCUCCAAACCACUUCAAUACUAGAGUACCCAAACUAGGCCUUAGGAGAACCACCGCCACAUCCUUUGCCAGGGACCAUAUCUGCAGUGGUAGCGUAAGUGAGUUGCGAAUGUCGAAGUCUGCAAUAAUACCCUGCAGAGACAAUCAGCAUCUAUUUGCCUAUGGAGAUGAAUCGUUGUACGGAGUCCGGACUUGGCGGCUGCCUUCGUUUCAGCGGUACACCGAUCUCAAGCCCCACAGGCAACCGGUCCUUGAUCUAAGGUAUGCUGAAAGUUCAACUGGGGAGAGGUACCUUGGUUGCUUAAGUGCCGAAAAGCUACAGGUUUUCACAAUUAGGUAGCUUGACAGAGGCAUUAGCUUGGUUUCUGGAAUUCUGGUAGUUGUGCUUGUGCAUGCUAACAUUUGUUUCUUCAGCAGCUUUGCUGUAUAAGUAAAGGCCAUUGUCCAUCCGUACAGUCUUCACUUAAAACAGCGUGUAAAACCAUGCUGUACAUUUCAAACAAUCUGUUGUAACUUGUAAGAGGCUCCAGCAUACAAUACACCAGCGGGUGAAGGAUUGCAUAUGCUGUAGUGUUGUACUGAUGCAGCAUUGCAUUUUGUCAUGAAUCAAGGAAACAAAUGGGUAGCAAUCUGUCACA